CCCCUGCUCACUGCAUCCGCGUGACAGCAGCGUUGUGGCACAGAUCACCACACAGCCGCAGCUGGUCGUUGCCGAUCCGAAUGGAGUGAGCGUGGGCGCCGCCAUCAGCAGCACUACGCCGCCGGACAGUCCGGUGCCCAGCGGCGCCACCCUCCACCGCUCCAGUGUCAGCAGCCGGCGCAACACCGCCGAGGACUCGCCCAAGCGCGGCGAGCCGCCGCUCAGCAGCAGCGUCGCCAUGAAGCCAUUGUCCUUUGUGCGCUACGGUGUGCAGGAGGCCAUGACUUUGGCACGCAACGACUCCACGCUAUCGACCACAUCGAAAACGUCCUCGCGCAAGGAUAAGAAAAACUCGCAGGCGUCAAGAUUCACGAUAUACAAGGUGCACAAGGCCUCGAAAAAGAAACGUGAAAAAUCGUCGGCCAAGAAGGAGCGCAAGGCCACCAAAACCCUGGCCAUCGUUUUGGGCGUCUUCCUCUUCUGCUGGCUGCCAUUCUUCACGUGCAACAUCAUGGACGCGAUGUGCGCCAAAUUCAACGAAGACUGCAGGCCCGGUCUGACGGCCUUUAUGCUUACCACUUGGCUGGGCUACAUCAAUAGCUUUGUCAAUCCCGUUAUCUAUACGAUCUUCAAUCCGGAAUUUCGCAAGGCAUUCAAGAAGAUCAUGCACAUGGGGUGAUUACAAUCAGCAGCAAUAGCACCGACACGAACAACCGGUAAACAUCAGCAGUGUUUAGCUAAAGCUCUCCUGAUCAAUAUGUAAUCACUAGAAUCGAUCGUCGAUCGAUAACUCAAAACUCGAACUGUGCCAAAUGCAAACCAAAAUGAAAUUGAACUCAAAGCUCGAAACUCAAUUAGACUCCUAAGAUUGUUCAUAGUCUCAGCAUUAUAUAUAUAUAUAUACGUAUAUACCUAUAUAUCUAUAUAGCAUAGUAUAUGGCCCUGUAUAUAGCAUCUAAAGUUUGAUCAAAUCUGUUGUAUGUAUUAUACUCGAUUGCAUAGGCUAAGGACUCUGAGCUGUAGGCUAGGCACCAAAUUUUUAACAUUUAGCUAAUGUCUAACAUAAAGUUUUAGUUAAUACUCCAGUAAAUAGACCGAUUUAUCGAUAAAUACUUAUAUAUACAUAGUUAUCGAUACCGUAAAAUAUGGCAAUUGUACCGUUACUUGAUGUGAGAUUCUUUUAGAUCGUAAGAGUUGUGUCGCUGUCACGAAAGAAAACCAAAAACUGAGUUUUCGUAUUUACUAUAUGGAUGGAUUUUCGUAUAUACAUAUAGUAUAUUUACUUUACAUAUCACGCAUUCAGUUUCUGUGAAUUUGUACGCAACUGUACAACUGUACUUUGUCCCCCCUCAAGCAAAUCCAACGAUGGCUGAGCAUAUCCUAAGCGCGAAAGAUCCCCCUACCCGAUCCCACCCCCGCUCGUUUUUGAUACUCGACUUCAAUGCUGCGCUAAUCAUAGUUAAGAGAGUUAAGAAGCAAACAAAACUAAUCAACAUGAGGCUAGAGGGUAGGUCUACCUAUUAGAUAUACGCAUAUACGUGUAAUAUUAAUGUUAGUCCAAAGCAGGGGCUCAAACUCAGCGCCCAACACGAAAUCAUCGAGUGACAAAGAGAGAGAGAGAGAGACAGAGUGAGAGUGUGAGAGAG